AUGUUUCAAAGUCUUUCACAAUCAAAGGUUGGACUUUUUGCCAACAUUUUAAAAAAAACAGUUGUUUCGGGAGAUGAUACCUUUAAAUACUCUGAAUUAUCAAACACACAAAAUGUGCUAAACAAAAAUCCAUUCCUUUCCGAUAUUUUCUCAGUUCCUGGUUUGACACGAUUAAAUCAAAUUGUGACAGGUAUCAUUGGUGUAUUUUUAGGAGUUUGUUUAACAUUUCUAAUGGGAACAAUUCUAAUUCAACUUUUAUUCUACAAAUUAUUUGCUGUUCUUUUCGGAUUGUUGAUGAUUUUGGUUUCUACUAUUUUUAUUCUAAACGUUGCAGUGACACCAUAUGAUGAAGCAUCUGCAACUAGAAAAUUAGUUGCAUUUAUCAUUUUUGGUUUAUGCAUAUUUUGUGGAUUGUUGUGUGUUUUCUUGUAUGGAACUGAUUGGACAGAAAAUGCCAAAUCAAUUAUUGUCAUUCGUCAAGAAAAUUAUACAACUCAAACUAAAUCUAAAUUAGGAAAAACUGGAGCUCAGUGGAAAGUUUUGUGGACUUUUUUAAUUGGAAUUUCAAUUUUCUUUUUAAUUAUUUAUUCAUGUGCUGAAAUAAUUACUACGGGAAUAUUCCAAUGUAAAUGUUUUUCCUUUUUAUGGUAUAGAAGACCAACGUGUAAUUAUGUUUACUUUAUGGCAUGUGCAUUGUUUUCCAGUGUUAUCAUUUCAAGUGCAUUCACAUUAUUUAUUAGUAUUCAAAAAGAUUCAAAUGUUUCAAUUGAUUCUUUAAUUGGAGAUUCAAAUCCUAACUUUAUUAGUUUGAGUAAUAUGCUUUAUGGAAUGUUAAUGUUGAAACAAUUGUAUUUGGUUGUUCCAUUCGGUGUUGUCUUUGGUCCAAUUCUUGCACUCGUUUUCCAAUUCAAUUAUUUGAAAGAUUGGGUUGACUAUCAAAAUUUGAGAAAUGAAAGUACUCAUAAUGGAAAAAGCGUUUUAAUCAAGACAACUAGUUUGGAUUUGAGUGACGAUGAUGAAGAUAGUCCAAUUGACAUUACUAAAAUUACUCCUGAAAAUGGUGAUGCAUUCUUCAAUCAGUCAAUUGAACAUCAAUCCUCUUCUCCAACACAUAAGCAAAUUUCAUUCAAGAGUAGACACCAAAACAAUACCACUAUCAUUGCAGGAAAUGUGAAUACCAAUAGCCCAACAUCAAAUAUUAACUCAUCACCAGUUAUUGGAGGAUUCACAGUUUCAGGAAGUAGUAAUCCAUUAGCUGCCACCACAACUCCAAACACUCCUGUUCAAGUUAAUGUUGUGGUUGAGCAAGAGUCAACUAAUCCACUUCAAACAAAUGAUUCAUCUGUGCUUAUUACAGAAAAGGAUGAUAUUGUUUUUGAUAAUGAGGAUUUGUAA